AUGGUCAAGGGAGCUUACGCCCUAAUGGAUUCCGACGGUACACGAAGAUUGGUAGAAUAUACUGCGGACCCCGUAAAUGGGUUUAAUGCUGUAGUGUCGAAGCAACCAACAGGUAGAAAAGCCGUUAUCGCUCCUGCUGCUAAAGUCCUAACAGUUUUCUCUGCUAUCUUGGCUCUAACCUCUGCAUCGGGUGUAGUAGCCCCAGCUCCAGUAGCUCUUGCUGCCGCCCCCUUAGCCGCUGCACCUGUCGUUGCCCAAGUUGCAGAUGACACCUUUGAUCCAAAUCCAUCCUACUCUUUCGCUUAUGACGUUCAAGAUGCCCUAACUGGAGAUUCCAAAGGCCACAUCGAAAGCAGAGCCAACGGAAUAGUCCAAGGACAAUAUAACGUAGCUGAACCUGAUGGUACUAGAAGAAUCGUUGACUACACUGCUGAUCCCGUCAACGGCUUUACUGCGUUAGUAAGAAAAACACCCCAAGCCGUCGCUGCCGCCCCAGUAGUCGCUGCACCUGCUGCCCCAGUAAUCGCCGCCCGUGCUGCACCUCUAGUUGCUGCUCGUGCUGCACCAGUUGUUGCCGCUCCCGCUGCACCAGUAGUCGCUGCUCGCGCUGCGCCUUUAGUUGCUCAACGUGCUGCUCCAGUCUUAGCCGCUCCUGUGCUGGCUGCUCGUAGUGCUCCAUUACUUGCCCAACCUGCCCCUUAUAUAGCAUCGGCAGCUCCUUUAGUAGCACAAUCCGCUCCAUUGUUGGCAAGAGCGUCUCCUUAUUUUGCUCCCUCUGCUCCUUUGUUAGCUGCAAGGUCGUAUGGUUUAGCAUCCGCUCCGUUGACGUAUGCCGUUUUGUAA